CUGAACACAUGUACAGCAUAUUUUUCAGAUUUUUUGUUUUGUUAAAAGGUAUUUCAUUACUUUAUACAUAAAUUAUUCAUAAAUUUCACAAAGGUUAUUAGUUAUGAGGUGUGAAAAGUGAAAACGUUUAAAGUAUGUUUGCCCAUCAGAUCUUUCAUCAACCUCUUGGAGAGAGUAUACAUAAAUUCAGCCAUUUCUUUGAAGAAUCAUUCUGUUUACAGGUAUCAUUUUAACUUAAAUUAAACUUCUAAUAUGAUGUCUCAUAAGUUUUAGAGACAUAUUAGAUGUAUGAUGUCUGGUGACCAGAUAAAUCCAUAAACAUGAGGUUCAUAACUUAAUAUUUAUUUGCCAACAGGCUGUGAGGUCAAGGAACACAUGUGCAGCUGCUUUCUGUCUAGAUGUGAGGAGAGCAGAAAUUGCCCAUGGACCUUAUCUGCUUUAUGAUUGUGGACUCUGCUAUUUAGAUAAGAUGCAUAUAAAUAGGAGGCAUAUUCCUAAGCUCUCUCAAACACUGCAUGUCAGAAUCUUAUUCAUCAAGUUGGCUAAAAGCUGCAAGAAAACAAAGUAGGAGACUUGAGAGGAACCAGAACAAAGAAGACUAGCUGUCAAAGCAGGAUGAAGCCUGAUCAUAAGGAUGGAGGCCAAAAUCAGAAGCGAGAACAAGACUUUUAUCUGGGCUGCCUAACCAAGAAAUGGUUGAUAAUGUUAUCAACUACUGUUGGACUUCUUAUCCUGGCCAUCAUUAUUGUCCCUGUUGUGAUUCUCACCAGACCAGGAACCAAAGCUCCUGUUCCGCUGUUUCCUACUGAUGGAGACAUGCUGGACUUCCUGGUUCAGUCAGGUGAAAUCAGUGAACAAGAUGGUCUCUUGGCAACCUGGUUCCACCGAGCCAACAGCAAGGAGCAAAUGAACAUGGCUCUUGCAUCUGAUGUUAUGAUCCUAGAGGCAGACGUUACUCUGGAGGGUUAUGGAACUCCUGAUCAGAAUCCAGUACCGAUCAUGGCUCACCCUCCUGAUGUUUAUAGUGACAACACCCUGGACCAGUGGUUGGAUGCUGUGUUGGACUCUAGAAAAGGCAUAAAACUUGACUUCAAGGCUCUGGACUCUGUGGGUUUCUCUCUGGACCUGCUCAAGCAAAAGAACAGCAGCAGAGGAAUAAACAGGCCUGUGUGGCUCAAUGCAGACAUCCUUCGAGGUCCCAAUGUACCAAACUUUGUGUCUCCAGUCAAUGGAACCAGAUUUCUUCAGUUGAUUCAGAGGACAUUUCCAGAUGUGACUUUGUCUCCUGGAUGGAUGGUUCUCUAUAUUCCUCAAAUUGCUAUUGGAACUUAUUCCAAAGAAAUGGUGGAACACAUGUAUCAUCUGAUCAAAGAUGUCCCUCAGAAGGUGACGUUCCCAGUCCAUGCUCUGCUGGUCCACAGAGGAUGGCAGCACAUCAGCUGGCUCCUCAACCAGUCACCAAGGUUCAGCUUGACUCUGUGGCAGGGUUCAGAUCAUCCAACCGUCAGGGACCUGCUGUUUGUCCGGGACAACACCCAACCUGCACAAGUCUACUACGACAUCUAUGAACCUACGCUGACAGCGUUUAAAGAGGCCGCAAGAAACCGCAGUGGUGUUCGGAGGUUUUAUCCUGGAGGAAACCUGAUGGACUUUCUUUAUCCAGUUCACAACUGGAGCAGCAGCUUCCUUACUGAUGUCACCCAGCGCAGCAGUCUGGGAGUGCGCUGGUUUUCAGUCGCUGAUGAGGCCUUCCUGCUGGCGCGGCUCUCAGAUGAGGAUGGUGGGAUGCUGGUUCUUCAUGUAGUUUCUGACAGAAAUCAGCCUGGAGUUCCUGUGCUGGGAGGUUCUGGGACCAGCUCUGAGCCCUUCACACUUCAGCGUGUCUUUGAGCUGCUUGGGCAGAGGACUGAUGCACCCUGGGGGGUUUAUCUUCGGGUUCAUGGCCAUCAGCUUCUGGAAGCUUCCCUCAAACUGCUGCAGGCCGCUUACUCUGCAGAGGAACUCUACAGACCCAUCUGGAUCAGCAUGGAGAGUUCCCAAAGCAGCUACAGCACAAAUGAUUUUGUGUCCACAGUGGAGGAGUUGUUUCCGUAUGUCACUGUGGUCUUGGCUGAGCAGAACUGGCCUCCUCUGAUCCCAGCCUCACUGACAGGCCUGUCCCAAAGGCUGGCUGUUCACCUCACCGCAGCAUCACUGCUCAAAGAACCACAGGAACUUCCCUCCCUGAAGGAGAGGAACCAGUGUGACUUUGUAGUGGAGGUGGACAUGGAGGACACUGCAGAAACAUUUAGAAUUAUGAAGAAGCUCAUGGCCCAACAGGGAGGAAAAUCAAAAGCAAAUCUCUACACGAUGACUAGCAAAUAAAAGAAACUAUCUGACACAACCAUAUGAGGUUGGACCUUCUCAUCUAGCAUGAUGGAGAUUAUCUUUAGUGUCAGCGAGGAGUUGUUUGCUUUAUUUCUUUUCUCUAACCAUUACACCUUGAUUUUAAUAAAGUUAAAUGGAAUAAAGCCUGGUUAGUUCUCAAAGUAUGUUUUCUGUUUGCAUUAUGUAUCAUGAAGGAAAACGAUGCUAAUGUUAAAAUGAAGGUCCUCAUACUGUUAAACUUUCUAUUUACAGUCACAAACUUUAAAUUAUGCCAUUUUGAGUUGGUCAAAUAAAAUCAUUGAAAGACUUUAAAGAAAAUAAAGUUGUGAAUAAACAGUG